AUGCUCUUCACCACCAUCCUCGCCUCUACUCUUGCCCUCAGCAUGGGCGUCUCCGCAGCACCCAGACCCGCUCCCCCUGCCGACACGCGGUACGUGCAGCUCCGCCUCUGGGGCGAACCCAGCUGCUCGGCUCUCAACCAGGGCGAGCUGGGAGUCUACGGCGGCGCCCUCAACCAGUGCCAGACCUUCAACAACAACACCAUCGUCAAGUCUGUGCGCUUCGAAGCCAAGUAUUCUGACACCUGUACCGUGGCUCUUUACGAUGACGUCACCUGCAGCUCCAGUCCCCACGAAAUCCAGCUUGAGACUUGUCUCUCCAGUGAUGCGCAGUAUCGCAGCUAUCUGGUCCAGUGCCCCGGUGUUCCUGUCUAA